AUGGCCGCAGCAGGGUCCCAACAACUCCAGUUUGCCGAGGGUGCUGCUUUCCCCGCCUUCCCGGCCGCGCACCUCGGAGGACCGCAGCUUCCUUCCACGCGCCCUGCUGCCGGGCUGCCCCCUGCGCCCCAGGACCCCCGCGCUCCAGCGGCCACGCCGUGCUUUCCAAGCGGAAGCCCGGGACCGGCAGCGCAGAACCCCGCCGGCCUGGAUCAGCCCGGGCCCCGCAAAGGUGCGGCUGCCCCGUCGGCACCCCAGCGCCGCAAGCGCACAUCGUUCAGCUCCGAGCAACUGCAGCUGCUGGAGCUCGUCUUCCGCCAGACCAUGUACCCCGACAUCCACUUGCGGGAGCGCCUAGCCGCUCUCACGCUUCUCCCUGAGUCCAGGAUCCAGUCAAGUUGUCCUCCUGUCUCCCAGGUGUGGUUCCAGAACAGACGGGCCAAGUCCAGGCGCCAGAGUGGGAAGUCAUUGCAGCCCUUAUCAUCCAGGCGGGAAGUGUUCCUCCACCGCUCUGCUCCUGGGACUGAAGAGAGAUGUUUGAAGCCCCAGCUGCCUCUGGAGGCAGCAAUGAACUGCCUUCCCGAUGCCAGCAGGGCUGGAGGAGGCCACUGUGUGGCUGGUUCUCAAGGUCAGAGUUUUGACACCUAUUCCCCUCUCUCCGAAGAUAUUGGCUCAAAGUUGGACUCGUGGGAAGAACAUAUCUUUUCUGCCUUAGGUAAUUUUUGAGGAUUCUGGGAGAGUUCACAAUGUACUCAGAGGGGUCCGGGAGAUAAGGACCAGAACGCUACCCCAACCCUGACUGGCCAUGGCCUUGUUGAUAAUGCUUCUGGAUUAUUUCUCUUGAAGGUUUCUCCUCUUCACCGUGAGCCUUUACCCGUGGCUUGUUCUCAGUAGCCACCCAUUCUUUCACUCAGGGGUACCUGUAAAUCUCCAAGUCUGCGCAU